UGGAACAGGCUCACACCUCUGUGUGUCCCAACAAAUACUGAUUCAGAAAAAAAUAUCACGUUCUACCUCUCUGUUUUCUCUACCUCUGCUCAAAGCAGCAAUCCUUUUGCUCAGACUUCCUGUUUCUGACACUCGCCUUGUUCUGUAAUGUGUUCAUAGUUCCCCGUCUGUGGUUAAGUAGGCACAGAGCUGGUUUAGUCUUCCCCUGCUCUCAUUCAUUUGCACACACAAGCGUGCUUCUCUCUUCUCUCUCCCAGAAUGAUGGUUCUGGGUAAAACUUUCGCGACAGUUUUCUGUUUAUUUCAAGCUGUUUCGGGAGAAAGUGGCAAUGCACAGAACGGAGACGUAGAAGAUGCAGAAGCUGACGAAUACUCCUUCUGGUGCUACAGCCAGUUGGAAGUGGAUGGAAGCCAGCAUUCUCUGACUUGUGCUUUUGAUGACCCAGACAUCAACAGCACCAACCUGGAACUACAGAUAUGCGGGGCUCUUUUACAGAUGAAUUGCCUAACUCUUAAUAAGCUGCAAGAGAUAUAUUUCAUAAAGACAAAGGAAUUCCUACUGAUUGGUAUGAGCAAUAUAUGUGUGAAGCUUGGAAACAAGAAUUUAAUUUGCAAAAAUAUGGAGAUAGCCAUGAUAGUUAAACCCGAAGCCCCCUUUGACCUAGAAGUAGUUUAUCGAAAAGAAGCAAGUGACUUUUUGGUGACCUUUAAUACAUCUCACUCAAACAAGAAGUAUGUCAAACAACUAAUGCAUGACAUGGCCUACCGCCCAGAAAAGGGUGAAAAUAAUUGGACGCAUGUCAAUUUAUUGAAUACAAGAACAACAAUCCUAGAGCGAAAACUACGACCUAAAACUGUGUAUGAAAUCAAAGUCCGAUCCAUCCCCAAUACCAGAUACUUCAAAGGCUUCUGGAGUGAGUGGAGUCCAAGUUCUACCUUCAAAACUCCAGAGCCUGGGAGUCCAGGGCGAUGGGAUCCUGUUUUGCCAAGUAUCAGCAUUCUGAGUUUUUUCUCUGUGGUUUUGUUGGUUAUCUUAGCCUGUGUGCUAUGGAAAAAAAGGAUUAAACCUAUCAUAUGGCCCAGUCUCCCUGAUCAUAAGAAAACUCUGGAACAACUAUGUAAGAAACCAAAAAAGAAUUUGAAUGUGAGUUUCAAUCCUGAAAGUUUUUUGGACUGCCAGAUUCAUGAGGUGAAUGACAUUCAAUCCAGAGAUGAAGUAGAAAGCUUUCUGCAAAGUGGCAAUCCUCCACAUCCCGAUUCUCCCCCUGACGAGCUGGAGAAGCAGGGUCAUGGAGCAGCUGUACACAGCCCAAAUCGGCUGUCGGAGAUUUCAGUCGGCACACCAGAAACUUUCAGGAGAGAGUCACCCCCAAGACUCCUGGAGAGAAAUUCGAGUACAUGCAACACUCCUCCCUUCCUUUCCUCUCUGUCCCCUGACUACAGAGAUGGUGAGAGGAAUGGGCCUCAUGUGUAUCAGGACUUGCUGACAAGCCCUGAGAACACAAAUGGCACCCUCCCUCAGGCAUUUCCUCUCCAGUCUGGAAUCCUGAUACCAGUUUCUCAGAGACAGCCCAUCCCCACUUCCUCGGUGCUGAAUCAAGAAGAAGCAUAUGUUACCAUGUCUAGUUUUUACCAGAACAAAUGAAUUAUGAGCAGCCAAAGACCCUUCCAUCACGAACAGAACAAUCACGGGGAUGAAAAGUCUAGCAUGCCUGUCCCUCGUAGUUCACAGAAGAUAAAGUCAAUGUGACCUUGCUGCACAUCAUCAGCAUUCUGAGAAGUCAUUUUGAUCUCCUAGCUCAGAAACAUUUGCAUAAAACAGGAAGAAGACAUUUCUGCCUUGUCAGUUAAGUACUAAGAGUUCAGGUUGCCCAAUUAAAAAAUAGGAACAAAACUCAAAUUAAAUGAAGAUUAAGGGGAAGAGAGAAGGAUGUAAUGAAUUCAGGAAGAGAGAAUAAAAGAAGACUAACAGUGGCAGUUCUAUCAUUAGGAGAUAUAUAUAUGCACACACACACACACACAUAUAUCAUUAUAUAUAUAUAUAUAUAUAUAUACAGUACUGUACACAAUUGGUCUCAGUUCCUUUUCACAAUAAGAUGGCAAUGUGGAUUCAUCCAUUAUAAUUGAUAAACUCUUUGCCAUAGAUGCUGAAGUUGAGAGUAAAUAUUUUAAGCAAUUUGUCUAAGCUUUCCUUUAAGCAGCAGAUGAGGCAUGUGUUCUAACUUCAGCCAUCCCUUGCCAUGAACCUAUGCUAGUCUUCUGUGCCAAACAUCACCACCAAGUGGGUGGUUAUAUAGUAAUUAUCCAAACUGCACCACUCUGGAAAGGGAAAGUCAGACAAUUAACAGCAAGCAUAAACUGGGUCUGUCUCAGAAAGAUGUGGAUGUGGGGUCACUUUAAUCAAAGUGGCUACGAAGAAGAAAGUGCAGAACAAAAUGUAUUUAUGGGUAUGAGGUGCCAUGACCAUGUGUCAAAGGAAGUCGGAAAAAGAAAAAAAAAACACCAAGCUCAUUUGAUUUUGUUUGUUUGUUUUUUAAAACCAACCAUAGAAGUAAUCAGUUAGAAGCCAAGAAAUUCCAGAGUCAGUUAUCAAGAACAUGAUCCUCCUGCUGCUAUCAUCCACCUGCCUCUAGAUGGGAGCAUAGAAGGAGCUGAUGAGAGUCUGCAAGAGUGUGGCAUUUAACCAUGCAUGGGCAGAGGAAUAGCCCUCCGAUGUGUGUAGAUACCAUGACAAAUUACCCCAGGUUCUACACCCUUGGAUGUUGCCUGAACUACAGGGAGGAGGGAAUGUGAACACUUCAAUGUGUGCUCCAGCUGAGACUGUUCUCAUGCAAACACAGAGAAGAUAGGUAAGCUGCUCAAGUUGAAAUGUUAACUCAUGAUUGCAAGCAAAAACUCUGUAUCCCUGGUCAAUCUCCCGAAGAAAAUAAGAAGUAACUGAAGGACACCAUUGAGCUCCUUAGCACUAAAAUCCUCUGUUUCAGUGUUGACAUUGGUCAUUGGAAUUUGGUGUGUCUGUCUGGUCAUGAAUUAAAUCCAUGUAUUAUAUUCACGUCACCACAACUGCUGCUAAUGCUUAAAUAUGUAUUCAGGAACAGUGUAUAACGUAACAUUACAGAUUGGUUCUGCCGGUUUCCCUCUUGUAUUUUAUAUUGGAAAAUCAAAACUUUGGGUCAGAGAUAAUACUCAAAGCAGAGAUGCCAACUGCUACUUCCAAGUAAUGUGAAAUAAAAAUGAUAAAAAAAAAUAAUGAAAACCAGGUAUCCAAUUGGAUCAAUCAACUACACCUGGGUCCACAGAAUCUUCAGUUAGUAAACUAAUUUUCUACAAGCCUUUGCUUCGCUCUUCAUUGAGGCAUCUGUGGGAAUUUGUGCCUUCAAAUUCAAGCAUGGGCUAUUUCAGAUGUGCACGCUUGUGGUUUUUUGUAACUAUGAUUUGGAACUGUCAAAAAUCUUAAGAAUAUGUAGAAAGGAACCUGAAAUUGAUACAACCCAGGUGACAUUUUUUUUUGUGAGCUCAGCAGUUUUUCUUCGGUGUUCUCUGAAACAUUCAGCAUUCACUACAGUAAAGUUGUCUGAGUUGACUCUGUUCCUCAAAUGCAUUACUAGUAACCUGUAGAGCUGCUACAUAAAACAACGUAUGGUGUGUAUUAUCAUUUCAUGUUUCAUUAAAUGCUAAGGAAAUCUA